AGUGAAAUCGCUGUACCUGCGGAAGCGUUUCGAAACCCCGGUCGUUCAGAAUCAAAACAUUGCAAUUUUAUUCAAAAAGUUCCGUCGCGUCUUUCCGGCUAGCAGGGGUUUUUCGGUGGAAAACCAUGACGCCGCAAUGCCUAACGUGCUUCCAGGCGGUCGAAAAUGUGAACGGUGUAUUGGGUGCUGGAACCGUGCAGCAAAUCAUCCGGAAGUAUCUGUGGUUCACGGAAACUGAGCUAGUUUCGGCCUUGAUAUGCCCGAAAUGCUGGGAGAGUGUUUACGCCUUCCACCGUUUCUACGAAUCGGUCGAACAGCUGUAUCAAGCCAUAAGGCCUGAUUCCAAAGACGCGGACAAAAAUGAACUUCCGGUCAAACUGGAAAGUAUGGCAGAGGUCAACAUGAUCGAAACCACAAAGGAUGAAGAACUGGUGAAAUCAGAAAUCAAAGAGGAGCUGGAAAGCGAUUCUGAAAACGGUGGAGAGCCCAAAUCGGUUCAGGAUGAUUUCCUAAACGAAGAACAGGACUCGGAAUCGGAAUCCGAAACUUCAGAUUACGAGGACGAGCUCGUGAGCAAUUCCAAAACUAAACUUGGACGCGAUGCCGACGACUUUAUAAGGAAGCACAUCGUACUGAGUUGCGGGUUGUGUGACCAAUCGGAUGUCUCCUUCCAGGACUACCUUAAUCACAUGGAAAUCGUUCAUGGGCAGAAGCAGAAGCACGUGAUCUGUUGCGGGACCAAAUACAACCGGCGGGAACUGUUGUAUGAGCAUGUGCGGCAUGUUUUCAACUCGGACGCGUUCCAAUGUCCCAAGUGUCAGUACAAAUGCGUCAACAGUGAGGCCUUGAAGCGACACCUGAAGCUGAAGCAUAACAUUCGAUCCACUCGACGGUACAAUAAUUCAAAUCGGAUCAAAAAGGCUCCGCCUGAGAAGCGCUCGGAAGAAGCUCUUAAGAAAAAGGAAGAGGCCGAUAAACGGCGAGAAGAAAGACAAAAGGAGGACGUCAUGAUGCGAGAACAUAUUCCGUUUGGAUGUAUACCAUGCGGGCAAAGUUUCGAAGCAUACCGGGACCUGUAUUCUCAUGAAAGGAUCCAACACAAGCGCAAACCAGUGAUCGUGUGCUGUGGCCACAGAUACAAUUGCCGGCAGCGGUUGUUGCAGCACGUGCAAUCGAUCAACAAUCCGAUUGCGUUCAGAUGUGAGCUGUGCUUCCGGUGCUUCGGAAAUGAGUAUCUCAAGAACGAACACAAAAAGAAGAUGCACACCAGCGAGGCGGAAGUGAAGUUCCGCUGUGAUCGCUGUCCUAAAACGUUUACCCGAGAGCUGAUGCUGCAGAAACAUCUGAAGGACCACGAGGAUGCCGAUGCGGAUCGAAUCAAGUGCGAUGAGUGCGGUAAACGCUACACAAGCCACCACGUGUUGUACAUGCACAUUCGGAACAAGCACCGGGCGCCGCGUUUCGUGUGCGACAUCUGUGCCAAAGCCUUCCACCUGAAGUCCGAAUUUAACAAACACAAAAUGCAGCACGAAAAUCCGGACCAGCUCAAGAUGCAGUGCCAACAUUGUUUGAAAUGGUUCAAAAAUCGCGACUAUUGGAGGGCACAUGUGCGGCUGCACGUGGUUGGCGAAAUCAAGUGCGAACUGUGCGACCGGGUUUGUCCGAACCGGGUGGCCUAUCGCUCCCACUGGAAGCACGUGCACGGCAACAAGAGCUUCAAGUGUGACUGGUGCGACAAAACGUUCAAGAAGGCGCUGAACCUGAAGGAACAUAUUGCGUCCCGACAUACCGGCGAUAGUCUGUACACGUGUUCGUUUUGUCCGAAAACUUUCAACUCCAAUGCGAAUAUGCACUCGCACCAGAAGAAGAUGCACCCGAUCGAGUGGCAAGCGAUGCGGGAUAGCAUUGCAGCGUCGAAGAAACCGGCCACCGAGGAUGGGGUAAAUCCUGGAUUGAAUGUGGCGAUGGAUGCGUUCAAUGAUACUUAGGGGAAAGUGCUGUAGUGUUGAUUGUUUAGUUUGACAUUUGUGUUUCUGUGUCAUCGUGGGACAUACGUUUGUUUAAUUUUUGAAAAUAAAGUGGUAUUCUCAGAACAGAGAU